AAAAAACUGAUAAACUAAACUGAUAACUAAACAAUCUCCUUCUAGCUCUUCUUUGCUGGGUUCUUAUCUGAUGCCUAUGAAUGUGGCAAUUUGUCAAAGAAAUGAUGAUCUUAAAGGGGUAAAAUGACAUGAUCUGAUCAACUGAGCAUGUAGGCGAUUUUACCAUCGGUGGUCGGAGUCAUGAGGAGAUGAUUUAGGCAAAAAAACAAUUUUGACAAAAAAUGACUGUGUCGACAUAGUAAUUAUGGUGACAGGUCUAGCAGUAGUGUGGUUUCGGCUGUGAAUUGGUGAAAAUGACAGUUACAGGUGAAACUCUCUUUCUGUCUUUACAUUGAAGGAGAGAAACACUCCCCCCUACUGCCACAUUAAAGAAAUAUAUCUGCUAAUAUAUUUUCGGCUCGUAUUGUGUUUGUUUGAAUGCGCUUCAAACUAACUCUGAGAGCUGUUUAUCUCCUCCCCGGGUGGUUUGGUGGGGCUCCUGGCUGUACCUCCGGCAUGGAGCGGCUGUAGCGGCGACAGCUCACUGCGUGGCGGCUUCCGGUGUCCGUCCGUCUGCAGGAGGAUGGCGUCCGGCUUCACCCGCAGCCCCUCCACCGCCGGUCCUCCGAGCCCCAAACACACCGAAGGUUGUCGACCUCAGACUGAAGACGGCUGUGGAAACCAUCGAUAAGCGGCUCUGGUUUUCUCACCUAUCUCAAAGGACGUGUGUGAACACAGAUAGAGCACUCAGCUACCCUCAGUGUACUGGUUGCCAUUUCUCAAACCACAUCCCCUCUUCAGUUCAGCACUGAAACCCCCCUCAUCUGCCGAGAGCUGAAUCCGUACAUGCGAAGUGGAAGGAUGACGGAGGCGUGGCAGCAGCAGCAGCAACAUGCAGUGGCUCCACCCUCUGUUGUGCACACGCUCCCCCAGGGAACUGACAACCCUCUGGGCUGCACUGUGUACGGAGUCGUCCUGCAGCCAGAUGCUUCCCUGCAGCAGCCCCAGCACGGCCAGCAGCACACUGUUCAAACCCAGCAGCCCUCCUUGCAAGUAGGGGGCGAGAGAGGGCACAAGUGUGGAGCCUGUGGCCAUGACAUAUCUCACCUGGCCAACCCACACGAGCACCAGUGCAUGGUCAACCAAGACCGAUCCUUCCAGUGCACCCAGUGUAUGAAGAUCUUCAGCCAGGCAACAGACCUGCUGGAGCAUCAGUGCGUGCAGGUGGAGCAGAAGCCGUUUGUAUGCGGCGUGUGCAAGAUGGGCUUCUCUCUGCUCACCUCUUUGGCGCAGCAUCACAACUCGCACGGCAACGGGAACAACCCGAUGAAGUGCUCCAUCUGCGAGAAAACGUACCGGCCCGGUUCUGGAAACGUCACCCCAACCGCGUCAGCUGCCAACCCCCAGCAGCCCUCCACUGGAGAGACGUCCAGUGGCGGUGCAGCCAUCAGUGCCUCGUCUCCUCCUUCGUUUGAGGCCUCGGCACCAGACCGGCCAUACAAGUGCUCAGUGUGCCAUAAGUCCUUCCGGCAUUUGUCAGAGCUGACCCGCCACGAGAGAGUACACACGGGUGAAAAGCCAUACAAAUGUGACACUUGUGAUAAAAGCUUCAGCCAGUCUUCACAUCUGGCACAUCACCAGCGUACGCACAGCUCCGAGCGGCCGUACAAAUGCGCCGUGUGCGAGAAGAGCUUUAAGCACCGCUCUCACCUUGUACGGCAUAUGUACGCUCAUUCAGGCGAGCACCUUUUCAAGUGCAAUUUGUGUGAGAUGCACUUUAAGGAGUCGUCCGAGCUCCUGCACCAUCAGUGCCAGCCAGAAGGGGAGAGACCUUUCCGAUGUGGUUCAUGUGGAAAGAGCUUCAAGCGCCCGUCUGACCUGCGGCAGCACGAACGCACCCACUCAGAGGAGCGACCUUUUCAGUGCGAGGAGUGCCAGAUGAGCUUCAAACAGCAGUAUGCUCUCGUACGCCACCGUCGCACUCACAAAAACCCAGCUGAUCGCCCUUUCAAGUGUAACCUCUGUGAUAAGGGGUUUCUCCAGCCAUCCCACCUGCUUUACCACCAGCAGGUUCACGGUAUGGAGAGUCUGUUUAAGUGUGCGUCCUGCCAGAAGUCUUUCAGCCAAUCAGGAGAACUGCUGAGGCACAAAUGUGGUGGUGAGGUGGAGAAGCCCUACAAGUGUGACGUGUGCGGCAAAGGUUACAAAAAGAAUUCGACGCUGCAGCGCCACCAAAACUCUCACUGCACAGAGAAGCCGCUGAAAUGCUCCCUGUGUGACAAGCGCUUCGUGUCGUCCUCCGAAUUCGUUCAGCACCGUUGUGACCCGACCCGCGAGAAGCCGCUGAAAUGUCCCGACUGUGAAAAGCGCUUCAGGUACUCGUCCGAGCUGCAGCGCCACCGCCGGGUUCACACUGGGGAGAAGCCUUUCAAGUGCGCCAACUGCGACAAGAGCUUCAAGCAACGUGAGCACCUGGCCAAGCAUCAGAGCGUGCACUCGAGGGAGACGCAGUUCAAGUGUGUGUGGUGCGGCGAACGUUUUGUUGACCUCACAGCUCUGCAGGAGCACACAGUCCAGCACACUGCUGAGGGGGAGAGUUUCCCCGAAGCUCAAUGCAUCCCAUGAACUGAACUGCUCUUCAGUCCUGGGCCGUGACAUUCGCCCUCAAAAGCAACGUGUGCCAGCCUCCGCUCUCCCCUUUGUAGUUUCUAACACGCACCCAUUAAUUAUGUUUAAUGAUUUUUAGUAUCAAGACUCAAUUCAUCCUCAUCCUUCAUUGAAUAAAUGGCAAAACACCCUGAAAUCAACAGAGGCGAUUAGGAUCCCUCGUCUUAUUAUGGAACACAUGGAAAAAAACUUGAACAGAAUGACAAAAAAAGGCGUAAAAAUGUGAGAAGAUCUUGAUUUGUUUGGUGCUGAGUGUGGGACCUUAUUCUGUGGUUGCAUGUGAUCGUCUGUUUUGUGACUGAUCCUGUUGUUAAGAAAGAACUUCCAGACAGUUGUCAGAUGUGUGUGUGCUCAUGUGUAAGCUCCUCUGAAAUCCAUGUGCCUUUUUUUACCGAUCACGUCAUUUUGUGUUUUUUGCUAAUUUUCAUGUCCUGUUUAGCCGAUAACCCCCCUCCCCCAUCCGUAUACAGCGGCUGGCUUGUGCAGCAGUAUCUUUUCACAUAUUAGAUCUUAGGUAGUUUCAUCUGUUUGUGCAUGAAUAUUUAUCACACUUUAAUAUCACUGUUGUAUUAUAGGUUUGGUUUAUUUAGGAAAACAUCCUAAGAAGAAAAAAAGUGGAUUUGUGAAAAUGUAUAGCCCGUGUCCUAUGAAAUCUGUGUUGUUGCAUCCUUGUAUUAAAACAGAUGACAUCUAGGUAACUAACCCAUACCUAUCAUGUCAUACGAACACUUGACAUGUGCAAUAGAACAUGCACAAUGUAAUAUUUAUGACUACUGAUUCAUGGCAUAGUCUACUCUGUUAUAUUAUAGAUUGUGUGUAUACGCUUAUGUAAACAUUGAAAACUGUAUAGUGCUUAUGUUACCUGCUUUUGUAUUCACUAUGAAUGAGCUUGCAGUAUUUUGCAAGUACUUUUAGUUUCAGAAUCACAAGGUUUAACCCGACAGGACUUCAAAGCGUUAUAUUGCUCACUUGCCACAAACUAGCUGCAUUAGUUACUGUGCGAUAGAUCUAACAAAAGUAAUAUUUUUAACGUUUGCUUUGAAGAAUUGGCCUUGUAACAUCCUCACGGGAUCCUAGCCUCGUCACGGUGCAGACCGGACGUUCAGCAGAAUAAUCCGAGUAGCCUCAAAGUUGCAAUUUAUGUGUUGGUUUAUGCCGGCCAUAAAGUAAAAAACAACAUUUGUGUACUUUAGUUUACCGUGUGGAUUUCUAUAUUCACAAUCUUUGCAGUAUAUUUAAAAGAAGGUUUUUGGAGUUUAAAGUCGUGGGCAGAGGGACUUACAGCGGGUGGGGUGGGGUGGGACUUUGUGGUUGUGCCAUGGUUUAAGUCCUGGUGAGUCUGCUUCAAAUCCUCCUGUUGGAGGGGAAUGAGUGUAAUGAAGCGUUGGAUUUACACAUAUGGAUAUCAAUAUAGACUCCUGUUCAUACUGUAUACAGACAAUUAAAAUAAACCACCCUUAUGAAUCA